GUUAACAUUUUGAAGGAUCAAGGAAACAAAGCUUUGGCUGCUAAUAAUAUUGACGAUGCCAUCAAAUUCUAUACUCAAGCUAUUGAGUUAGAUGGUAAAAAUCAUGUACUUUACAGUAACAGAUCUGCAGCUUAUGCAAAGAGUGGCAAAUUCCAUCAGGCCCUUGAAGAUGCAGAGAAAACUGUAUCGUUGAAACCUGACUGGGCCAAAGGCUACUCUAGGAAAGGCAGUGCUCUGGCAUAUCUUAACAGAAUUGAAGAAUCCAUUGAAGCAUAUGAAAAAGGUUUAAUGUUGGACCCAACCAAUGAACAAAUUAAAACUAGCUUACAAGAAGUUAGAUCUCAACAGUUUGGUUCCAACUUCCCCAACCCCUUCGCUGGUCCAGAAGUAUACAUGAAGUUGAAAAUGGACCCAAGGACAUCACAGUGGAUGGACGAUCCUGAUUAUUUAAAACUAUUGGAAGAACUCAAGAGUAACUCAAGAUCUUUAGGUUCAAAGCUUUCUGAUCCACGAGUACUUACUACUUUAAGUGUUCUUCUGGGUAUGAAAAUGGAUGGUGAUGAAGGUAUGGAAGUAGACCCACCUAAGUAUGAGAGCAAACCUCAGAAAAAAGAAGAGCCUAAACCAGCCCCACCAAAACCAGAAGACAACUUGUCACCAGAGAAAAGGCAAGCUAUGGAAGAAAAAAAUUUAGGAAAUACUGAGUAUAAAAAGAAGAAUUUCGAAGAUGCUUUGAAACAUUACAACAAAGCUGUUGAAUUAGAUCCAAAUGAAAUCACAUAUUACCUUAAUAUAGCUGCUGUUUACUUUGAACAAAAAGAAUUUGAAAAGUGUAUAGCUCAAUGUGAAAAAGCUAUUGACAUUGGUCGUGAAAAUCGUGCAGACUUCAAACUUAUAGCCAAGGCCUUUACCAGAAUUGGUCAUUCACAUAAGAAGAUGAAUAAUCUCAAACAAGCUAAAGUCUAUUAUGAAAAAUCAAUGUCAGAACACAGAACUCCUGAAAUCAAGAGUCUUUUAUCUGAAAUUGACAAAAAAAUUAAGGAAGAAGAACGCAAGGCAUACAUCGACCCUGUCAAGGCUGAAGAAGAAAAAGAACUUGGCAACCAAAAGUUCAAAGAUGGUGAUUAUGCUACUGCUGUAAAGCACUACUCAGAAGCUAUUAUGAGAAAUCCAGAUGAUCCUAAAUACUACAGCAACAGAGCUGCCUGUUACACAAAAUUAGCAGCUUUUGACUUGGGAUUGAAAGAUUGCGAUAAAUGCGUAGAACUUGACCCCAAAUUCAUCAAGGGCUGGAUCAGAAAGGGAAAAAUUCUUCAAGGCAUGCAGCAACACUCAAAGGCCAUGACUGCUUAUCAAAAAGCUUUAGAUUUAGACGCGAACAAUGCCGAAGCUAUUGACGGAUACCGCCAGUGUUCAGUUGCUCUUAACUCGAAUCCCGAAGAAAUUAGAAAGCGCGCGAUGGCUGAUCCUGAGGUGCAGGCCAUUCUCAGAGAUCCUGCCAUGAGACUUAUCUUGGAACAGAUGCAAAAUGAUCCUAAAGCUUUACAAGACCAUCUAAAAAAUCCAGACAUUGCAGCUAAACUACAAAAACUUUUGGAAUCAGGACUUGUUGCUAUUCAUUGAUGGACUAAUAGAAAAAUGAACAUUUUAUAAAUGCACAUAGAACCAAACAGCAAUAAAUUUUUAUCAUUCAAUUCCUUCAAGAAUAGAAUGGUCAACUUAUACUAUUGCCUCAAUGUAA